CUUUAACAACAAAUAAUGACUUUUUUUUUUUAACAUCAGUCUGAUCGCAGUCCACCCUCUUUGCACCGGCAGAGCGUUGUGACUUCUUUGUUCAUCGUGGAGCACCUGUUUAUUCACCUGUAUACAGUCAACGCCAGCCCCCCUGAAGUUUAAGCGCACAGGAAUCCUCAAAGGUAGGUCUCUUUUUUUCAUGAUUUAUAUUCAUUAGUGAUGAACAGGUUCUGAACACGCUCGGUAAACACUCAAAUCUGGGGAUUUAAAUUGGCUUUGUCUUGAAUUAUCGUUACGCACACAAACCUAAUCCACCCGGAACAGACGCAUUAAAAUCAAAACUAGCUCGAUCUUUCCUAAGAUGUAAAAAUGUAUUCUUACAACAAUUGAGGUACAACUUAAGUUUAAGCACACAUAAAAUCCCGUGCGCUCCUGGAAAAAGUCAGGUUUUCGUCUUUCUGGAGAAACUAAUACUCAUCAUCAACCCUCUCCAUGUAGGACCUUGCGAUUCUUGUUCAAGUUUCUCUCUGAAAGCGUAAAACAGCUCCCCUCUUUACCAGGUAUGUACAUUUUCAACACCCGUUUAUUGUAUAGCUUAUAGUAAAGUGCAUUGUUCCAGCCUCAGCCUUUUCUUCUGUUACGCAAAUGGUCAUUUGAACGCAAGCUCUCACGCAAUUACGAGUUGAAUGUAGACGCAGACUAACCCUUUGGUAUUACCACGAGUACCAUCAAUCCCAUACAAUGAUUGAUGGUUCCGUUUGUUCAUUGAUUUUACGCCUGCUGGGCACUGUCACAGACGGAGGAAAUAGGGUGCCAUUAUGCACAGACGCGGAGUGAGAGAAAGCGAACCUAAGUGGGACAUCUGAUCUGAUGUGACUCAGUUUACAAGAUUUAAGUUAAAGUGAGUCAUGUUGCACACCGGUGUGAUGCAGUUUGGUAUUAAGUUGAGUUAUGUGAGUGAUUGUACAACAGUCCAAAAGUCCCCAGUUAGACUUACAUAUUUGAAGCUGAAGAAACCUACCACGUUGUGUUCUGUAUACCACUUGAAAAAGGAGGUAAUUUACACCCACAGAGAGUUAACAUGUCUUGAAAUCAACUGAAACAACAAGAACAGCUGUUGGGUGAGUAAUCCUUGGCAACAAACCAUUUAUCUAUAACCUCGCUGUACGGGCUCCAUAUCCAUCACCAGUACUUCACAGACUUUGAGAGUUGGGCACAUUGUUUCUACGUUUCCAGCUAAUAAUUUGGAAGUCAUGUGUUGUUAUUUCCCUCUGCCUUUCUAAACACUGAGCUUCAUUGAGUGUCUGUUUCCUUAGGGAUAAAAGAGGAGAGGAAAGUGUUGCUUUUGUCCUCUCAGACGUUCAAUUUGAGUUAUAGAUGUGGCUGUGAGGUCAAAACACUGAUGUAACAGUAGUUUUGCAUGUGAACUGGUGUGUAGCAUCCUUUUAUUGAAAGCAGUGUUGUGGAGAUUGUGUGCAAUCAGUGUUUGAGACAAGCCCCUGCAGACACACAUACAUUCCCAGGCCGUGCACACACACACAUACACACACACCAUUAACCACAAAGCAUCAACAGUGAGUGAAUGUAACAUGCAUCUCUCUGGAACAAUGUCUGCUGCUCAUGAAGCUUAAAGGUUAACCCUCCUGGCUAACAUGUGAUUGGCUUCAAAUAAUGAUGCACUGUGCACACCUGAGCUCAUGAACACAGCAACAAUGUCUGUUAGUGAUGUUGUGAAAAUCUCAGUUGUUGCCCACAGCAGUGUUUUUGUCAGUAACUUAUAAGUUGAAUAGUUGUCUACAAGGCAGAGUCUCAUUUCAACCGAAAGAAAAAAGGAAACAAAAACAUCUCUGGUGGAAAAGCCAUAAAGAAAGAUCAAAUAUUGUUCAUCCACAUAUUUUCUGCUGUCAAGAGUGAGUGUUCAGACAGCAGCAUACUGCCAUUCCCACCGUGCUGAUAUGAGGUAAUUACUGCGUGAAGAGAAGGAAACUAUUUUACUUUUUUCAUAUGUUUUCUUUUUCAUUAGAAUCAGACAGGCAAAUUGGACAUUUUAUAUCUGCUUCUGCAAAGGACAGCUCUUCAAAAAACACAACAAAUAAAUAAACUAAGAAAAACAAGACGCUGAAGAACACUCAUGAAGUGAAAAUUGCAAAGCAGAAAAAUCAGAAAGCUUCAUUCACAAUGGUACUUGAAAAAUCCCAGCAUUCAUUAUGUUUUAGAUUCAGGGUUGUUAACAUGAUGGUUGUUUGUUUCCUUUUUUCUUUGUUCCGUAUUACGAGUGUCUACUUUUUGGUGCAUUAUGUUUUUGUUGUAAUUGUGUUUUUCACUCUUUGGUUUAGUCUGCACUUUUAAAUUUUGUAGAUUAAUUGAGUACUCGAGUUUAAGUGUUUCCCCUCCAUUCCUGAUACUGUGAUUAGUUUCUCCUUUGUCUUGUGUUCCACCUGUUGCCUGUCCACCAGAGUCUCUGUGUUUUUCCCCCUUUCUGUGCUGGUUCACUGCGUUUUCUUCCUCUUGGUCCACUGCUCUCCUUAUGUUGCUUUUCUAUCUUUUUUGAACUCCAAAGUGCCUUUUCAGUUUUCAUCAGUGUUUCUGGCUUGGUAGUUUCUCAUAUAGGACUUCAGGAAGUUAAUUUUUUUCAACUGAUCACGUUAAAGCUCAUGUGAGGAGCUUUCUGUCUGUGUUGAUUUUGGCGCUCCCUGUGGAGAGAGUGGUAAUCCAUAUGUCGUAGCUGGUUUCAUCUCAUCCUGUUGAAAGUCUCAUCAUUGACAAAAAUAAUCUGUUUCAAAAAUGUUUGAAACAGACUGCACAUGCAUUACUUAACAUUUACAUUUAAAAUAUCUACUAUGAAGUCAAAUGCUGUUAGUCCCGUUUGUGGAUUUAAAAAAAUAAACUGUCACUCCUUAAGUUUUCUGUUACAGGAGAAACUUGUCACGUUCAGGAGUGAAACAAAAAGGGGAAGGACCCAAAUUGCAGAUCAAAAACAGCGGAUUUAUUUUAAAGGGUGUAAAGAAGGGGCAACAAAAACUCACUUUCGAAAUCCCAAGAAUCACAAAUGGAAAAAUCCAAAGAACCAAAAAAUCAAAAAUCCAACAAAAGACACAGGCAGGAAAAAAUCACUAGGAAACACUGGAGACACUGGAGUCCCACAGAGGCAUCAACAAACAAUGAACCAAGAAACAGAGGAAGACAAGGACUAUAUGUACGAAGGGAAACGAGCAACGAGAGGCAGGUGAGACACUGAGACACAGGUGCAGACAAUCACAGAGGAGGGAAAACUGAGAAAGUAAAACAAGACUAGAAACUACUACAAAAUAAAACAGGAAACACUGAAAACUGAUAUAAAGAAUUAAACACUGACGACACGAGGGAAACCGGGUCAGACACAAACUUAAAACUUACAAGACAGGACGGCGGAAAAAGGAACAAUGGAGAACAGAAACACGAGGAAAAUCACAAAGAAAAUACACUCAGAUAACCAAAACCAGGGGAAAACUAAAUACCAGAACAUAUCAUGACAAAACUUUACAUUGACCGAGUAUCCCUAAAUCAGAUUCCCUAAUUUGACACAGAUUGUAUGUAAACAUAUUGGGUAUAUAUUGGCAAACCCUUCUUCAUACUUGUUAUGGGAAAUGUUUUGUUCCACAGUUGAACUUUAGGACGGCAGUACAGCGCAGUGAACCCCUGCAGAAAAGGUCAGUCCAAUUACAGUGUUGUAGCCUGUCAGUUUUUGGUAUUUAUUUAUGAGAACUGUAUGUUCAAGUGAUCAAGGUUGCCAUCCUGAUAAGCACAAGUGUGAUGCCUCAAAGUCAGGGGUGUUAAACAGUGAUCCUGGAUGGAGCUGCGUGGAGACGAAUCAAGAAUCUCCCUACAGAGACAAUUACUCCACUGAGCUGGAAUCCAGAAACCCUGACAUUUAAUGUGGUUCUUAUAAAACAGACAUUUUGUUUUCAUAGAUAUGCAUGAGUUAUUUAUACAUUCAGGGCUUACAGCUGUACAACAGACAGAAUAUGAAUCCCAGUGAAACCCUGAUGGGUGUCUUCACUGUGUCCCUAUUGCUCUAUUUUCCAGCUGAAGAACAUCUCAAGGAUUUACUAUAUCUUUUAUAGACCUUAUUGUAUCUGUAGAUAACAUACUGAUCCAUUCAAGUAAUACUAUCUAUGCACACAGGGAUUUGUGGUGAGAGUUAUCUGUGGUAUGAGCCUUUAACUUAAACUGUGUAGGCGUAGUAAACAAAGGCUGGAAAAACAUUGGUUUCUUGCCUAUAUCACACUUUUUCCAGUAAGAUACCGUCAAGUAUUAAAGUGCAUGUUGCGGUAAAGACAAAAAAAAAACAUGACCAUAGGAAUUCACAACCACAAAUGAUAAAAUGCAUCUUCUGAUAAUGUGCUGAGCCGAACACUCACUGGAAUGUGUGCAUGUUCCCUGAUAAACAAGUGCUACUCUGCUUUACUGCUGGUUUGCAUCUGAGCUAAUGUGCAUACAGGAGCAAUCUGGGUCCUGUUAUACAUAAAAACUGGAGUUAUGAUCACCAACACUCAGAAUCAGAUGGUUUGCAAAUCAUUUAAAGCAUGUACCUGAUUGAAAAUUGUGCAAAAUUAAGACAUCAAAGAUUGAAAUAGUUUGAGUUAUUUUGGGGGCAGCUGUGGAUCAGUCGGUCGUCUCCCAAUGUCAGGGGUUCAAUACCAGGGAUGUCCACAUGCUGCAGUGUCUUUGUACUCACCCUUGCCCGUAUGAUUUCAUAACUUAUGUCAGACCACAGAGCAGAUUUCCACUCUGACUAGGUCCAUGUUUAUGUGUUGAUUUCUCUUUGGAUAGUUGUACCUUGUAUUUGUAGAUGCAGUGACAAACUGUGUUCACAGACACUAGUUUCUAGAUGUGAUUCUUUGCCCAUGCUGUGAUUUCUACCCCAGAGUCAUAUCUCUUAUUAAACGGAUAUUCCGGCGUAAAAUUAGUUUAGGAUCAAACACAUCGUAACACCAAGUUAGACACCCCCUCCAGAGAUGAAUGUUGCCUACUGCUUGCUUCUCUAGUUAUGCCAACUUUAGUAACGACCGCAGGAUAGUAAUACACAGCGGUCUAAGGAGCCAUAAACAAACCCCCAACCAAAACGCCACUCUAUAGCCACAAAUAAUGUUUAGAACAGCUCCUAACUUCAACAACAGUACAUACAGGGUCCUAGCCAUAGUACUAGCCACCAAACAUCUUUUUAACUUUGACUAAUUUCUUUAGCAAAGAGACAAAACACAACUCACCUACUCUCUUCCAGCAGCCGCUUGUUUGUAGCGAGACCUUGGACCAGUCCAUUACGGACUGCUGCGGGGUGACGCAGCUCAAGGAAGAACAUUCAAGAUCAUUUCUUCAUGGAAAUCUGCUAAGGCAGAAGAACUACCACGUCUGCAGUUCAAAAUGAUUAAUAUGGUGAUUAUUACUUCAAGGAAAUGAUGGAGUAAUGAUCAUAAAUGUUAAAUCAUAAAUCAUAAAUAUUUCUCCAAAUCUUUUGAAUCUUUUAAUAAUAUUAAAUAAUGAAGUUAAUGAAAUCCUCUAAAUCGCGAUAAUUCUCCUCUGAAGGACAAUAUCUUGAAGCUGCUGCACUUUUUCCUCACCCAGUCUCUCACAGAGUGGUGAUCCCCCUCUCAUCUGUACUCAUAAAAGACUUAGCCUACAUUAAUAUAGAAGCAGGUGGUCAUUAUCCAUGUAGGCAGGCUAAAGCAUUUUCAUACAAGGUCUCUGUGAUCAAUAAUAUCCAAAGAAAAUAUUUGAUGAAGCUGAGUUGAAAUCAUUUGCAGAUACAUGAGGCCUUGUGCAACAUAUUCUGCUGCACUUGAUGACAUUUACCAUGACAUUUAGGAUGCCGUCAAAAAUAGGCUACAAAAUAUCUGUCAUCAACAACAGGCUUAAUUCACUCUGUGCUUAUUUCUGGCGCCUCACAGACAUUUCAUGUACCCGUGGGCGAUCACAACCAUCCAUCAGCAGAGCCAUGUGGAACUUUGUACCGCCUCCUGCUCUGAGGAUGGUGAUAAACUCUACAUUUUUCAUCAAACAAAAUCGAAAGCACCAAGUUAGAGUGCUUUAUCAUCAAACCUCACUGAAGUUAUGGGAAAUAUGUGAAAAAAAAAGAAAGGUCCUCGACAGCUGCAAAUCAGACCAGCAGUCUCCAACCUACAGGAUGUCACUGGCAAUUGAAAAAAAAAAAUCGAUUAAUUGAGUUGUCACAAAGGACCAAGACAGCAUUGUUGCUUGAAGUAUGUUAUUUUGUAUGUACGUGCUCUAUCCUUGAAGAAGCUUUAAAAGACAUGAGCCAUAAAUAAGAAGAUCUGGGGUGCAUGAGGACAAGUACGUUCACAACAACACUAAAAAGUUUACGAAAAAAAAAGUUAUAUCCCAGCGCUCCUCUUUUUACCUCAUGUGCUGCAAACCAUCAAUUCUACGUUAAUCUAAUCAGUAACUGGUGACAUUAAUGUUUUAAUAGAAAUAUUUUACCACCUGGUGUUUUGCAAACAAAAGGAGAUAACCUACACAAAGUACAAAACAAAAUUAAUAUAACUUGAAUUUAUUGCCAAGUUGGUUUUCACAUAAAAAAAUGUAGCGGUGUGUAAUUAGAGUCAUGAUCUGCUGCACAUUUUUUGCAUAUAAACAAACCUGCCUGAUAGAAAAUGAGAACAAGUUUUUUAAUUAAUUCUUCUUAUUAUUUUUUAUUAUUAUUUAUUUUUAUUUUUUUUAUGAUGUAGUGUAGAAAAUCAACAUCACCAGGUGCCCACACAGUAGCCCUGGGGAGAGCAGAUUCAGGACCACGGACAGCUCUGCUUAAACUCUAUUUCAUUUUCAUAAUGCUGCGAGCAGGAAAGCUGGUAAAGCUUCCGUAGAAGUCAAUUUUUUCAUAAUAAAACAGGAUAGAGGGUGUCUGUGUACGUAAGGGAUGAGGAGACCUGCUAUUCAACACAACACCUGUUUGUGAGACACUGACCUCGAUGACCUGCGCAAAGCCUUUGCCUGCAUUUGGCAUCCCGCACCAGAACCAUCUUUUUUUGUUGUUGUUGAUUCCCACCAUCAGAGCUUCUGGCUAUCAGCCUGAGUUUAAGUUUCAUGGUUCAGCUCCUAAACUCUUUAACUGUACUGCCUAUCCCCGAAGAAGUUUGAUCUCUUUGAAUAAUACAUCACCCCAAGCGUUAUAAUAACACUGGCAGUGCUGAUAUUCAACCCCGUGUCACAUUCAACUCCCUUUCCUGAACUAUUAACAUCUUUUUCAGCAUGUAGGAAAUUGUGGUUGUGCUUUUUCUCUGCCAAAUGUGUUUUUUGGCUCAAAGCAAUCAUGAAUAAAACAAAUUCUGCCUAAGUGAUCAGGAAAUUACUUUCAGAAUUGAUUUAAGAGCAAAUUGCACACCACUUUAGACGUUAUUGUGUAUCUUGGACCCCGAAUACCAUUAGCAAGGCCAGCUUUGAAUUUUGGCUUAUUUUUUAAGCUUUGAAUUUUGGCUAAUUUGUUUUAAUUACUAUCCAACAAAACACAAAAUAAUUGGUGCUGAACCUGAACAAAAGUUUUUCACAUUCGUGACAUCCAUUUAGUUAUCUGAAUGUUUAUUUCAGGGAAUGGGAAGAAUGAUUGGGUUCAGGGACAGAGAAGAUUUUGUCAGGUUGCUCCAGGUUGGGAUCAGAUAAAACUAGUUUGAGUCAUCAAAAGAGGCUGAUAUCUCUCUCUACCUUUUUGAAAAUAGUUGCUUUCAUUAAAUUUUGGGUUGAAUUCCACGGCAAACUUGUACAAUAAAAGAGGUUUAUUAUGCUGAACAACGUGCAAAGGUCUUCUUUUAUUGUUUACCGCCCCAAAAAGAAGAUGUAGCGUCACACUCCCACUCGCCGACCCUCAUGAUCAUAAAAUGUACUUUGUAAGGUGAACUACAUAAAAGGAAUUUUGGGGCACAUUGAUGGUUCGUAAGUACUCCACAAUACCUGAAAUAAAGCUUUUCAUGCUUGAGCUUCCUAUGAGAGAAGAAUCAGCUCUUUCCUUGAACAGUAAAUCAAUGUGAAAGUGUCUGAGGGCAUUAUUCAGGGAAUCAAAACACUGCUGCUGUGUCCUCUCAACAGUUCUCUACUUUUAUGUUACUUUCACAUUAGCAAAAAGGGAACAGAAUAUUCCCCCAGCUUCAGGACAAAGCUGCUGUGGUAUAUGAUGAGUGUCUCUGUUCACUCCGCGGACCAUCAUGGACGCUGGCCUAUGAACUGUGCACUUAAAUAUUAUGAACAUACGAACUACCCAGUAGAGAAGUACUGUCGUGUUUCACCACUGCCUGUAUUCAGACUCAACAAGUGCAUCCAAUUUUUGUCCAAACCUCAUUUAGAAACUAGAAAUAGCAGCUUUGGUUUGCUGAGAAGGAGCAGAUUUGAAGUUAUAUUCAAUUUUAGUCAAGAAUUGAUCUACUAUGAACAUGUAUGUCAUUUCCGAGACCAUCUCUAACUCAGAAAAUACAUUUUUUCCACGAUCGAUGAACUCCUGACUGUAUAUAAAGGUCGGUUUCUCUGUCACUCUUGUGAUUGGUAAGCUAUUUGUGGCAGUGAAGACUAAAGUGUUUACUUGGCAUUCAAACCCACUCAGUGACCACCGCAGCUGCUGCUUCUUCUUUGUCAGGGUGGCUCUUGUACUCUCUAGUUCUCUCUCAAGAAACUGUACUCGUGCUCCAAAGCGGAGAAAGAGAGAGCGGGGAUAUGAUGUCUACAAAUUAGAAACAAGACCUGAACCUGUACCCCGAGUUUGGGCGUCUUCAGGCUCUCACAUCUGGAGUGACAGCUUCAGAGUGAAUCUGUAGAUUUGUGUGAUUUACUUUGAUGUUUUCGUCAAAGCGGUUCAGGUGAGGCUGGAUAUUAUGCGUUUCUUUGCCCUGUAACCUUUGUUUUUAUUUUUGGUGCUUGUACACGUUCAAAUGUCAAGACCAGGUGGAGUUAGACUAUGCACAAGAGACAGGAGUAAAUUUAGCGGCAACCCUGCCUACUAUCCUCUUCCAACCACAGGUGGUAAAAGUGCUACCUGUCCCUGAAUCAACUCUACCGCCCUGAAACUCUCCUGCAGUAUUCUCUGACGUUGCAUGGCUGGAGCACUGAGUUAUUUUAAGGCAACGUCUGUCUGGUCUGCUUUCUACUUCUACUGAGAAACACACUGAAGGAAACCCUUCAUCUAGUGCUGGACGGUAUGCCAAAAAAAUUAGAUUGCAGUGAUUUUUAGGAUUGUGGCGGUGUCACGGUUUAUUGUGUUUUAAACUUACUUUAAAAUGAUUUAUGAGCAGCUUAUCUCAGUCAAUGCAUGCCCUCUACCUGGCUUCUUCGUUCACGUUCCCAAGGGACAAGCAGUAACCUGUCAAUCAGAUAUACCGCGGCUGCCGCAGCGAACACCACAGUGAUCGCUGCAUCAUUCACCCAGCAACCCUGUGGUUAGCUCGGAUUUAAAGCAUCCGUGUUGCACUUUAAUUUUUGCCUGCAGUUAUUUUGUGUAAGUCUGAUUCCCUCCAAGCUGUCAAACUUUUAAAACCAUCGUACAGACCCCUGAGGUGCCAAAGCAAAGAGAAAAUAAUGACAUGUAAAUCCACAAUUAUGGAUUAAAAUCUAUGCUGGUUGUGACUGCAUGUCCACAAAUCUGCAUACGGCUCCUGCAGGCUACAUAAACAUGUAAGAACACACAACCUGUUUCAUAUUCUUCACCUCAUCUCAUCUUAGAUCUGCCUAUUGUGAAACAACACAGCUAAAUGUGUAAUAUAUUGAUUUGUUUGACAUGUAAAUUUUAUGUAAACAUAGAUCACAGCAUGAAUUGAAAUACUGAUUUCUCCUUGAUCUUUCCUCGAACAAACUCUACUCCUGGUCAGAGGCAGGUGGAGAUUUUGAACAAAUCUGAACUGCUAAAACGUUGAUGAAUUUUGUCCCUCUCACAGUCUACACACAAUUUCGUUUGCUCUUGUUUCCUAAAUGAGACCUACUUUUUGUAUUAUCAUUGUUUCGCUAAAAUCACUGCAAUCACUCUUGGAGAUGUUCCUGCUUAGUCCUUUAUUCAGCGUUGCUUCAUUAACUGUCAUUUUCACAGGCAUUAAUGAAAGACCUGCUGCUUUUAUGUUUUUAACUAUUAUGUUGCAGAGAGCAUGUGUUUUCUUCUUAAUGGCUCUUUACCGGUAAUUUGCAGCAAAUUAUGCAACCUAAUUUCAGUGAGUUUUGAGAUUGUUUUCUCAUUAAAAAAACAAAAAACAAAAAAACAUUAUGAUCUUUUAGAAUAAUCUUUUGGAGGGUUGGCGAGCAUUGUUACUGUGAAAAACAACAUGUCUAAAUAUCAUGUUUCCCCUGAUGUUACCUUGCAGAUGAUGGGUUACAGUUUCCUGCCAGAAGGAGGGGGAUUGGACACAACUGCAGACCAAGAGAGGGCAGGGGUUGAAAAAGUUACCCUGCAGGGAUAACCACUCAAAUUGCACGCAGUUAGAGGGAUAUUAUAUCUUUAUAUAUCAUUACUAUAUCAUUACCUUAAAGUAGGUAGUUCUUCUGCCUUAGCGUCUCAGUCUGAUUGCAUUUCCAUGAAGAAAUGAUCAUAAAUGUUCUUCCUUGAGCUGCGUCACCCCACUGCAGUCCGUAAUGGACUAGUCCAAGGUCUCGCUACAAACAAGCGGCUGCUGGAAGAGAGUAGGUGAGUUGUGUUUAGUCUCUUUGCUAAAGAAAUUAGGUAAAGUUAAAACGAUGUUUGGUGGCUAGUUCUAUGGUUAGGACCCUAUAUGUACUGUUGAUGAAGUUAGGUGCUGUUCUGAGCAUUAUUUGUGGCUAUAGAGUGGUGUUUUGGUUGAGGUUUGUCUAUGGCUCCUCAGACUGUAGUGUAUUGCUAUCGUGCGGUCAUUUCUAAAGUUGGUAUAACUAGAGAAGCAAGCGGUCGACAACAUUAAUCUCUGGAGGGGGUGUCUAACUCGGUGUUUGACCCUUGACUAAUUCUACGCUGGAAUAACCCUUUAAUGGAGAGGGGGAAAUAACAGUCUGGAUUUACAGACUUCCUAAACACGGAAAGAUAAGCAAGAAACAAAACCGCUGCUGCUGAGUACCUGAACCAAACCCAACUCAGAAAACUCUCAAGUAACCAAGACUGCCGAGGAUGCUUGAAGCUAAAACAGAAACAUGAAAGGCCCAGUCUCUACAGCCCGAUCUAAACCAGAAACCAGAUAUUCUUUAUACAAGGUAGGAAUGCUUUAAUGGACACAUAAGAAAGAGAUGGUGAGUCACCACACUCCACUGGAGCUCAAGGGGUUAUAUCACCUUCCUAAACCUGCUUUCACUUAAUCCUCACAUACUGUUCAAAUCCUGUACCCUCACAGUAUGUUCCGGGUCAAAAUUGCCCCUUCAAAGAGUUCAAAGAGCAGCUUUCUGUCACAGAAAGUUCUCUUGACUAGUUAGGUCAUUUUGUCUCGGUGUGUCUGUGUGACUGUAUGUCUGUGUGCGUGCGUGUAUGUGUGUGUUUCUGUCAAGGUAAUGAUAGUUUCAUAAUGAUUUGAAUUUUAAAAAAUCCAUCUAAAUAUAGAUACGGGUCAAAUUUGACCCGUAACAGCCUUAGAGGGGAAAAAUUUGUAGCACAUAAACAAAAAUACACAUGAAUAUUUUAAAAUUAAUUUCAUGUAUUUUGGGCAACUUCAGGAAAAGUCAUCAAGUUUCAGGCUUAAAAAAUGAUGUUUAGGGUAUUUUUUACUGCUGUUAAAAGUCAAAACGGGUCAAAUUUGACCUGUACAGUAUGUGAGGGUUAAGACAAUGAGGGACUCCCACAUCCGAUUCUGCCCAGAGAUGAACGAUUCUUCCGAUCAAUUUAAGGAAAGAAGUGAAGCACAUCAACUGAACUGCACAUCAGAGUUUCCAGCUUUUUUAAUCACUGUUCAGUUCCCUAACAACACAUGUCAGCGCCAAAGCAUUGGUGGCUUUCAGUGGAUGGAGAUGGUCUGUUUUUAAGAUGAACUUUCAAAGAGCUGAUGAACCCAAAGAAUUCAAAUAGCGCUGAGUAUUUUUAAGAGGACUAAACAUCGAAUUAAGAGCCCUCAACAAACUUGCCAGGCACAUCUGAAUCGUACAAACAUAAAGCAUUUCAAUUCAAGGACAUAUGUAGUCACACUAUACUCACAUCUCUGGUUUAAAAAAGGCACAUCUUGAUUUUAAGGUUACUGAGCACCCCACAGACCCGACUGAGCACCAGAAUAUUUGUAUUUUGUCCGUGUGAUUGGCUCUUUUUUUAACUUGUGGUGUUCCUAAAGUUCAAUAAUAUCGCACAGAGCAGAUUUAGGUUUAAAUCUCUCUGGUCACAUGUGUUUUAAGGAAAGUUUGGGGUCAGAAAUGACUCCCUGGGUUGUGGGCUUCUUUGCAAACAUUAGGGUUGAAACUGUGAGAAAUGUUGUUAACCAACAAAAAGAAAUCUUAACAUCUGAUUUUAGAAUAUACUAAGAGAUAAAAUGAUGCAAGACUUUGAAGGGACAAAGAUUGUGUUAAUUGUGCACUAGCAAAUAGAUUUUAUUUCAAUCAAUCCAAAGAGAAACAGAACAUUUGUUCUUAGAUUGCAACAUUUCCCAUUAAAAUCCACUGAUCCUCUUACAAUUAUCAAUAGUCCAUUAACCUUUACCUCACCGGUAUAAUGCAACUAUUACUACUUGAUGUCUUGCUUGGCUUUGAUAUUUCUAACCCUCUGAGGGAAAGCUGAAAUUAGUCAUCCUCAGCAUCAUGCCUGAAGGUGGACUGCAGAGGAAAUAACCUUUCUGUGCAUUGCAUGCAUUCUUAGAAAUUAUAUCUGUUUGCUCAUAAAAGGUCAGCCCUUUCAUUCAAAUCCACUGUAGAGGAGACUUUAAGAACAAUCUGGACAUAUUACCGGUAUAUAGGAUGUCCCUAAGAGUGAAUGAUUUCCUAGAAUUUUGCUCUAAUCACAGACUCUGGAGGGCUCAAUCUCAUUGAAUCAAUGUGCAGAAAAAAAGCCCAGUAGAAAACAAACAAAGACAAAGCAGAGGAGGUGAGAGACAGAAAAAUUGUAGGCUAUCAUGUAAAAAAGAUGAGCCGGCACAGAAAGUUAAUAAUUAGUACUAUUGUGUGUGAGGACUGAUAAAUAGGAGAGGAAGUAUCACAGACUCUAACAAGACCAGGCAGAAAACCUCGAAUAAGUGCUGAUCUAUGUGGACCUUUUCACCCUCAAUAAUAUAAGGUCCUAAUCUCUUUGCAUUUGUGGAAUCAGUGGGGUCGCAGAAAGUGACCUCAGAGUCAUGGCUACAAACAGUUGCAAAUGGUAUUUUCAGCAUUACAUAUCCCCUCUUUUAAAACAGGCUGCAGUUGUUGUUUUGUUUUUUUUUGUCCGACAGUUUUUUGAAUUAGGGCUGUGAUUAUACCUGUUUGUUUGAAGCAAUUAUCGUAACAGGCAGCCUUUAGAGGCUGAUGCAGACAGCCACCUCAUUGAGCUAAUUUGAAGAUUAGUCUAUUGUCUACACAUCCAACCCCCUGUGAUAGAAGAGGACUCUUUUUUUCCUUACUGAUUAAUUUACUUAUGUUGAGCAGAUCUUACAGUGACAUUUUAAAUAGCUGAUGAGAUAUAGAGAAACACAACCAUACUGUUACUUCAAAUUUGCGGCUAUGUCGCUUCAAAUCUCAGCUCUGUUGUUGUGUUAUUUCAAUUUAAGAAUAUGCAACAGAGUAGGCAGAAGUGAAUUAUUUCUCAGUCUGUGAGCUGGUAUAAUAAACAUUAUUAACCGUGACAUUAGACGGGAGUUCUUGUUUAUGCUGAUGUUUUGUCAGUGUUAUGAGAAUUUACUGGUUAUUAGGGCUGGGCGAUAUGGGCUAAAAAAUUCAUCAUGGUAAGAUUUGCCAUUCUGAUGAUGACGAUAAAAGUCCCGAUAAAUGUAAUCUAUAUUUUUGACUCAUUCUGUCUUGAGAACACCAGUUGGAGUAGUCAAAUAAGAUACUUAACCACAAGUUUGAGUGGUAGGUUCUCAAAUGUGAAAACAUUUUCAACAUUUGUUGACACAGAGUGAACAGCAGCAGAUCCACUGUCCAAUGUCAGGCUUACCUGACUGCAUUCAUCUAAACCCCAGUCUUAAAGGAAAUCCCUCAUGUGGAGCCUCGUCCACUAACAAGCUGCUCAGAAACGUCUUCUUCAUUACCUUCGGCCAUGUUUGUUUGGUAGUCUGAUCUGUGUGGGCUACGGCUGUGAGUCCCUCACUCAUGCUUACGUCAUCAACUUGCAUUUAUCGCAUUUAUCGUGAGAUUGCAAAUAUUUAUCAUGGAGGAAUUUUCUGACGAUAAAUCGUGAACAAUAAUUUAUCGCCCAUCCCUACAGGUUAUGUAGGAAAGAAAUUAGGGAGAGGAGUCAUUUAUUUCAUUCAGUCAUAAAGCUGUCAUACCUGACACACAGCAGCAGCAGCUUCAGUCACAUGAACUUUGUCUGAUGUUUCUUGGUAGAUAUGGUGCCUAGCUUCAUAAAUUUCUUUGGUUGAAUUGAUUUUUUUUCCCCCUUUCUUCCUGUCUCAACCUUUGACUCUUUCUAGGGCCGUCUAUCUAAAACAGUCAUGAACGACUAUGUCAGCGGAACAAAGCAGUCAGCAACCACCAUACAUUUCUUCUGCGGGGGUUUUGCAGUCGCAUGAACAGUUGUAAUAAUUGUGCCUAUGUCUUAUUUAAAUUAUGUUGAGAAGUGAAGGAUUUCCAGAGAAGCAGAUCAAAAUGAUUUAUGAUCAUUUCUUCAUGGAAAUGCAAUCAGACCAGGACGCUAAAGCAGAAGAACUACAACGUCUGCAGUGCAAAAUGAUUAACAUGAUGAUUAUCAUUACUUUGUAGAAAUGAUAAAGGAAUGAUCAUAAAUGUUCUUCCUUGAGCUGCGUCACCCCGCAGCAGUCCGUAAUGUACUGGCCUGAGGUCUCACUACAAACAAGCGGCUGCUGGAAGAGAGUAGUUGAAUUGUGUUUAUUCUCUUUGCUAAAGAAAUUAGGCAAAGUUAAAAAGAUGUUUGGUGGCUAGUACUAUGGCUGGGACCCUAUAUGUACUGUUGAUGAAGCUAGGUGCUGUUCUGAACAUUAUUUGUGGCUAUAGAGUGGUGUUUUGCUUGUUUGUGUAUGGCUCCUCAGACCUCUGUGUAUUGCUAUCGUGCGGUCGUCACUAAAGUUGGUAUAACUAGAGAAACAAGCGGUCGGCAACAUUCAUCUCUCUAACUUGUGUCUAACUUGGUGCUACGUCGUGUUUGACCCUAAAUUAAUUUUAAACCGGAAUAUCCCUUUAAAUUUUUCAGGGACUUAAAGCAUGUCAUAAAGGAACAUACUGUAUGUAACCCAAGAAAACUGAUCACACAAUUAGUUUUCUUUCAGAGCGAAACAGAGCGUUUCAUUCCACAUGUUAAAAUUGUUGUGGAAAUUCUUGGUGAGGAAUAUAGAAACUGAAAGUGGAAUUUAAAUGGCCUGGAUACCAGCCAAAUGCCUUUUUUAUGACUAAAGCUAGAGCAGAAAAAUCCAAAGUAAUAAAAGUCACUGAGUCAAGGUCCAUGGCACCACAGGCAUCCAGACAUCAAUACACACAUUCGAUUUUAUCUGUCUGAGAGAAAUUUCCACUAUAGCAAGAAAGUCUAGGUCUAGAACAAAAUGACAAAGGUUAGAUACAUGUUCUUUCUAUUCUUUCUUUCUUUUUGUUCAGUUCUGUAACUUAUUUUCUAUCAGAAACAAUAUACUUCAAAAUAAAAGCAUGACAGACAAUGACAGUCUUUGAGGCAACAUCUCUAAAAGAAAAAAAAAAGUUUCACUCUCAGGGCUGGAGAUGUGGAUAAAUCAUAAAUUUGAACAGAAAUAGUUGAUAUUAAAACACUAAUUAUUAUCCUGAGUGAAAACUGAAUAUUAAGACCGUGCUAGAGAGGAAGAUCUUGUUUUCUGAAAGGAGGAAAACAUACGGUCAGCAAAAUAUGAGCAGUAAUGAAGCCAAUGAGGAUUAUGAAUAUUUGGAGUUCACUGACAGUCUAACCUCUCCUACUUGGUUUGCUUGUGCUGGUCACUCACUGGUUUCUAUUCUCAUUUCAGUUUCAUAGCUGGCAAAGGAGGCUUAAAAUCAUCCUUUUCCUGUGAGAACCUCCUAUUUUUGUCAUGCAUUAUCAUAGACUGUAUAUAUAUCUUAUAUACAGUCUAUGUGCAUUAUGCAUUACAAGAGGAACUCCUUCAAUCUGAACAGCCUGCAUCCUCUCAAGUGAAAAGACACACCACAUUUAUAAAUAACUUUCUCUGGAUCCACUGAGUUCCCCACCUGCACUGUAUACAGGGAACAGCAGGUGGUUAAAAGGAAAAUUAGAUCAAACAAAUAAUCUGAGCAGGAAAAACAUGAUUAUAAUAAAGGAUUUGAAGCUGGUCUUGAGCUAACCGUCGACAGGUAAUGUUUGUUUCUCUGACAGAUGUCUUUGUUAUAGAAGUCCAGUAUCCUGCGGUUAUUUACUGAAUUUUAACAGGCUGAAUAAAAGGAUUGAUUCACCAAACAGAGAACAAAUGCAGAUAAAAUCCAGCUUUGUGUAUUUGCAUCGCAUGAGUCUUGUGAGUAUUAAGGGGCUUAUAUUUUGCUCAGGGGCAGUCUGGCUCUGUUCCAGGAUGAGUGAGGUGCUGGCAUUUUCCUGACAAUUCCCACAUGAGCACCAUGAGAGCACUGUCAACAGUUUAGCUGAUCCCGAGCAUCGACAUGGGUUCGGCAAAAGGUCGCAGACAAAACAGGGACGGCUAGGGAAUGUACUUUAAACUGGAAAAAAACAAGAUUAGCAGCAACAGCGUCUAACCCACAACAAACAAGGUGUGGCGUUAGGUCAACACCACCUGAAAUGGAAACAAUAUCCUUUAAUCGAGUUUCCUGUCCAGGAGUUGGUCCCCUGUUAAAGGUUGCCCCUGAAUCUCUUAUUUUCACCUUUUGAUUUUCUGUGUUUACAGAAACAAUAUGAGGUGAGGGUUGUUCUGUUUGUCAGUGCAGCCAACCCUCUUAACCGAACAAUCCUGGAGCUGCUGCUUUUUUUGUUUUUUAAGUGAAUUCAAGUGCUUGAGAGAGUGUAAUCAAGCCAUUGAAAAGCAGUACAGUCUGUUAACCAUUAGUUUGGUGAGCGACAUGGAACCAGGAUAUUCCAUUAGAGGCCCCCAAGAAACCUUUGAGUGGCCCCAACCCCACCAGUAUAUGUGAAUCCAGCACAUGGCAACAAAAACAGAGCAGCAGACAAAGCAUACAAAGCUUGCGAGUGAACCAUCUUACUUAAUUUCUAUCUUUGUCAUGAUUUGCACGUAGGGCUAUAGAUUUUUUUCAUAUCAGUUGAUAUCGAUAUAUCAUGAUAUAAAAAAAUGAAAUUUAACAGUGCUUAUCGGUAGCAUGUCUUUUGCAAUACAAUAAGCUACUGCAUCUAUAAUAAUAAAAACAAACUUAAUUUAUACAGCAAUUUUCAAAAUCGGGUUACAAAGUGCUUUACAAAUUUGAACAAAAUAGAAAGAGAGUAGACACAUGAAACAGAAAUAUGAGGAAUACAAUGACUAGGAGUCUAAAAGUUCAGCAACAAUGCGGUGAAUUAACAACUAAAGAGAUAUAAAAACAGAUUAAUAGAUUAAUGGCAGAAUCAAAAAGGAAAUAAUGUCAAACAAAAAGACCACCAAAAACCAUGGACCAACAGGAGUCAUGUGAUCUUGCUUUUUGGUCCUAGUUAGGAGGCGAGCUGCUGAGUUUUAGAUGAGCAAUAACUUGUGCAAACUUUGUUGUUUCAGACAUGUUUACAAAGACUUGUAGUCGUCCAAAUAGGAAGAGAUAAAAGCAUGAAUGACUAGGGAUGGGAAUUGGCAAAAUUUUAUCGAUACCGAUGCCAUUAUCGAUUCUGCUCAUCGAUUCAAUUCUUUAGUGAUUCCCUUAUCAGUGCCUUUCUUUCACUUAAAAAAGUAGACUAUAGGUUUUCACUAUAGGUUUUUCUAUAGGUUAAAGCAUGUUGCUGGUGUUUCCACUUUUGAGUGUUAUCACUGCUCGACAAACGCUGCAUGUCACACUGUAGUUGUCUCUCUUAGUAAAAUGAAGCCAUGCUUUAGAUCAUUUCUGCCCACUUUUCGUACUGUCCGCCAUGUUUUUCCCUCCAAAUUUUUAUUCAAUAUAAAUAUGAAUAAAAUAUAAAAAUUCAAUACUGAAUUUUCCUUCUGGGAUGAAUAAAGUUCUCAUCUUCUCUCUUAAGAGCACGUAUGCUGUCUGUGGUUGAUGGCUAGACAACUAUUUGCUGCUAUUUUGGCUUAGGAGGCGCUAUCUAGUCAAAAAUGUACUCUUUCGGCGAGUUAAAGCCUUCAUUCUCUUAAUUAUUAAAACACAAUACGGGGUUUAAUAAAUGAAUCAUGCUAAAUCAUUUUCUAACUUGCCACUCACUUUAUCACAUAUUACAGAAGAUGCUCUGUACGCAUACAAACGUAUUUAACUGUAGCAGCAUAGUCGUGUGGAUAGAUAAUUAUUAUGCAUGAGUAAAAGAUGAAAGCAUAUGGAUUUCUUUCUAUUUAAAGAAGGCAUUAUUCCGAAAAUUAAAUGUGCCAAUAACAGCUUCACAUCCACAUCUUACUGCGUACACUGUUAAACUGAGUUGUUAAUGUGAUUAAAAGAGGUCACGCUUCCACCAAACUCUUUCUUCGCCUCUGCUGGAGCUCUGCACAGGCAAAUAACUCCGAUAAAUAAACCCCCACCAAGCCCUCCCUUAUAUAUGAACUCACUGAUGUAUGGUUUCUUAUAUACCCAAAAUUAAACAGCUGCUUUAUAAGCAUAAAACGUUUCUUUCAAGCUUCUCAGAUGCAAACUCUUCAUUACUUUGCGGGUUCACAGCUCAUAUAAAGAGCAAGAGAUGCUAUGGAACCUAUAUGGGUAAUUACUUACUCGCAGCAUCAGUGCCACAUUUUAUGAGUAUAAUGUGAUGAAUUAAUCUUUUACAGCUUCUAUUUUUACCUCCGUGUACAAUCAAUUACUCACUUUAUCUGCAGAUUAUCUCUCCGAGUUUCACAAGUUUCCAUUUUGCACUUGAGGAAAUCUAAGAAUUUACAGGCCUGUCAUUGGCUGGGUGAUAUGGAGAUACACUGUCAGUUCCAGAAACACCAAAUUUUUGAACAAGACAUGAUCUAUAAAAUAAAUCUGAUGUUGUUGCAAUGUCAAGAAAUCAGGUGUUAAUUUUGAUGUUCCUCUUUUUUUUGCUCGUCUAGUUUGUCCUGCAAAGAUGGAGAUACUGGAGAACAUGGAGAUGGAAGAAUCAACCACCACACCAGCCUUCAUGAACACCAGCUUUGACAGCGUCACAAAUGUCACCACCAACUUGACCUUUUUCCCGUACUACCAGUACUCUUUGUACGUGGCUGCCACGUAUAUCCUGGCCUACUUCUUCAUCUUCCUGCUGUGCAUGGUGGGUAAUAUCCUGGUGUGUCUGAUCGUACUGGGAAACAGUCGCAUGCGCUCAGUCACCAACCUCUUCAUCCUCAACCUGGCUAUCAGCGACCUUCUGGUGGGACUCUUCUGCAUCCCUACGACACUGGUGGACAACCUGAUCACAGGUGGGUGCAUUAGAGUUUUCAUCAUAGUUUAUUUUAACUAACAUGUAAUUUCAAGUCAUCAUGCUACAACGCGCAUGGUCAGGCCUGUUUUAGCUGUGGUUGUGGAUGGUUUCAAAAUAAGGUGCUGACUGACCCACCAUUUCCACCGCAUCCGGAACGAUUUUCGCUGUCCACCAAUUCCUACUGGAUCCGUUUGUGAGGCGAAUUUCAUGGCAGAUUACGGACAGUAGGAAUCACGAAAACUCACAAGAACCCGCAGAUACCUGUUUCCACGAUAACAAGUUGUGGAUUCACGUGCAAUCGCGCAAUAAUGAGUUGUCUCUAUAAAGACAGCCAUAUAAGCAGUAGAUUGUGUCCUUCCAGAGGAGGAAAUCCACUUCUAGACUUCGUGAAUCAGCAUCUCCUCAUCCACGGUGUCACCGGGGUGAAAUGCUGUCUAAAAACCUUUCACUUGUUCGUCCCUGUCCCCACGUUUGCAUGAUGUGAAAUACGAACCGCCUGAAACACGUGGUUCUAUUUUGAAAAGCCGGAUGUUUUAUUUUGUGUCUGUGCCCGACUUCCUUUCCAGCACGGGUUAAUCUGUGCUGAAUUUAUGCGGCAUACUGCAGCAUUCGGAAAAACUAGAACUCUUGCGAUCAGCUGCGGAGUCCGGCGAUCCACAGCGGAACGGAGAGGAGCCGAUGGAAUUUUACAAAUUAACUUGAAUGGUUACGAUCAGCUAUGAUCGGUUGAUACGGCCUUUUCAUAGCCGUUCCAGAUGCGAUGGAAAUUGGGGGUAAGGCGUCACUACUCUGGGGAUGAGGAAAGUGGUACAUGCUAGGUCGAUGUUUUUUGAGUCCACAAUCUGAUUUAAAUAAGCCUCACAUGCAGAAACUCUAAACAUUGAGCCUAAUGCAUUAAUUUUUUGCAUAAAGUUGCUGCAUGAAAAAUCCCAGAUUUGAAAGUAUCAAUUCGAUAUGCUUAUGACUAUACUAGAGUCAAAUAUUAUAAAGAAGACCACAAAUUUCAACGACUGAUCGUUACAAGUAGCUCUGCAUAUUCGAGGGAAGGAGACAAACAUAGUUGACCUACAAUGUACCUUCAGGAAAGUGCAAUGGGGUACUUGGAUCUGCAGAUAGUUGGACAAGAUCAUAGAUGUCCUUAUUUUGAAAUGUUGGAGAUCAUCCAAACACACGCACUCACACGCUUAAAGACAACUUUGAAGUAAUUCUCUCCAAACAUAUAAAUGAGUGCCAGCUUCCACUGCGAACAUAGGAAAAAAUACAGCCAUGUGAUUGAGCAGCUAAAAUACACGUAUAAAAAGAUUAACAGCCUACCUGUUUUUUUUUUUACUGAGCACACAAAAUCUUAGUUUUUAUUCAAUGCAGUCUGCCUAUCUAGUACUGUGGCGUAUUUCACAGUUAUGAAGUUACACUUCUGUGUCUUGUGUGUCUGAUUAACUCAACUGUGCAGAGCACUCAAAGGGUAUCACAGCAAUCCAUGCGUAUCCUGUUAUUUUUUUCCUGAAGUUGUUAGAGGGUGAAUAAGAAAGGAGAAGUUAAAUCGUCAGUCUGAGCUUGGUGCAUAUAUCUCAUUAGGCUGACAUCCGCUACAACAGUAACACACUUGCAUCCGGCGUGUUGAAAAAAGAUCCACCGAUGGAAUUCAUCUAGAAACGCACCUCUGUGUAAUCCGGCCUCUGUACCUUCCACACCUCACCUUGUGUGCUGACAAAUUGCUGGGUAGACACCCACUGAUUGCCUUUAGUUCAGUAUUUUCCUACACAGUUCCAUGAUUACACGCUCCACUGCAGUUGCAAUACGCCCUUUUCACUUCUGUGCAGAGGGUUAAAAACAACAGGGAGGUUGUUAAGCUUCAUUAGUGCAUAGCUGUCUACUUGAGCGACAUCCCUUGUUAACAUCAUGUUAUUCACAACAACAGAGCGACGGCAGGAGCAGAGGCUUCUCAUUUAUCAAACCGUUGCUCGGCGCGUGUGCUUAUGUACAGUAAAUGACUCAGCCUUGUUUGCAGGUUUUUUUCUAUGUGAACUAUCUUCAUGUCAGGGAGAAAAACACAAACAGCAGAUUUUAAAAUGUCACAGUCUUUGCAGUCUUCAUAUUUUAUUCAUGAGGUUGCAUAAGCAGUGACAUAUGACCUCAGAGUGAGAUAAAACUACAUUUGAAUAGAUAAUACAAAGUUUUCUAUUUCUCCCAACUCUUAGACAGCCUUGCUUUCCAACACACAAAUCAGACAUCGAAUUGCUCCACUUUAAAUCUAUUCAGCUUGAGGCAGAUGCCAGAUCAAGGUUUAUCCUUGAAAAUAGGAAAUAUAAACUAAUCAAAACAUCAAGCCAGCGGUUUUCAGGCUCCAAAGCGACAAAUAGGCUGAGCCAGUUUGAUAUUUUAGAAGAAUUAUGCUCACAAAUUGCUAUCUGCAACUUUAAAGUGGGGGCAGUAGCUCAGGAGGUAGAGCAGUCGUCCAAUAACUGGAAGGUUGGCGCUUCGAUUCCCCCCUAUCCCAAAUCUGUCCGUUGUGUCCUUGGGCAAGACACUUAACCCACCUUGCUCCCAGUGUGUGUCCUCCACUGGUGUAUGAUUGUGAGUGUUGUGUGGUAGUGGUCGGAGAGGCCGUAGGCGCAAAGGGCAGCUGUGACUACUAAGGAAGUUUACCACCACCAAAAGUGUGACUGCGUGAGCGAAUGAUGUAUCGAGUGUAAAGCGCUUUGAGGGUCUCUGAUAAAGCGCUAUAUGAAAUCUGAUGCAUUAUUAUUAUUAUCAAAGUGCAAAAAUAAUAAAUAACUGCCUGUCUUAUCCACGUUGCAGAGGUCAGAGCUUUAACAAAAAGCAACAAACCAAAAGUAGCCGAUGAACUGAAGGAAUUAUCUUGGAUGAAAUAGAGUUCAUGUUCUCCCGAUGUGCGGGUGAUGUACCUGAGAGCCACACUACAGAACAAGUAAAGAUAUCAUACUUGAUAAAAAUCAGCUUUUAUAGCAGUUUGCACUCACAAUGUUGAAUUACCAAAUAAUCCAAAACAAAAGGCCUCUAUAUUUCUCCCUCAAAGUCCAAUUUAGAGAAAGAUACUGUCGAUUCUUCAGGGAAAUGUGUUAAAUUAUAAUGACAGGUUUGAUUUAGAGUGGGAACUGUAAUUGAGUAAAAGUGCAGUUUAUAAAGUUAAAUUAAGUCCAGAAACGUGUGUACAAGUACCUGAAAGUCAAACUGGAAGAAGUAGAAAAAUUCACCAGUCUACCAAACCCUGUGUAAGGCAUACACAGUACUCAGCGUUCACACUCCUAGGGGCCUGUCAACUUGUGAUUUUCUCUGGCAAAGUAGGAGGAAAAAAAGACCCAAAUGAGGCAAUUAGGCCUCUGAAAUUAGUUUUUCUUGACUCCCUUCUCAUGUAGUCUGGAGACACUUUAUUCUGAUUUAAAAAGCGCAACAUCCCAAGACUGCAAUUAAUUCAAAAUGUUGCUGCCAGACUUUUAACUCCCAACAAAAGAGCUGAGAUUUAGAAGAGCUAACAUGCCCCCCAUGUUUCCACAUUUUGGUUCUCAGUCCUGUCUGUGUAGAAAAUUGCAAUUUCCAUUUUACACCAUCGACACAGGUGCAGGUAAUCAUCGAGUCCAAUGAGCGCUACAAAGAAAUGAACCAAUUUGGAGCCACAGGAGGCAAUAUCAGACACACAGUGGUGUCAACCGGUGAGCAGCUGAACCAACAUGAGAGGAGUUCAGAAACCAGGAUAGUGUUGAGCAUUCGUUACGCCGCAGUGUGUUUGUCCUCUUUAGUGGCCUUUGUGGCAUUAUAUUCACCAUAGCAAAAUGGAAAACAUAAAGGCUUGUAAAGGACACUUAGGCGGAAACACUUAAUGGUUUGAUUCAUUCAUCCGUUAUUAUUAUUUGUUUCCUUUCUUUGGUCGCAGAAGGGCUGAAGUCUAUCCCAUUUGUUAUAGGGCGAGAUGUAGGACAGGUCACCAGUCUGUCAAGGAGUGGUUUGACUCACAUUACGCCAAAAAGACCCUCUCUUUAGCCUCUUUGCACCGAGAUUUUGCACCAUUUCACCAGAAAAUGAGGUUGGAUUUUGCACCUAUGUUUUGAGAUUGUUACAGCAGGUCACAGUUCACAUUAAACCAAAAGAAAACAACAACAGAGAUGUUCAGGGUGUAUGAAACUUCCUCAAGUAGUAAUGACUUCAAUGCACAGCUCCUUUAGAUUAUAUCUUCUCUUUGUGACUUGAUGCAUAAGGCCCCUAUAGGCUGCUGCAUGAAGUGAUAUUACUACCUCAUCCUCGACAAGCAGGUUCGGCUUCUCUUGUAACCAAUAGUACAUGAAAUGUUUACAGGUCUUGUUAUCCACCAGUAAAGGGAUGCUCGACUCGGCUUUUUCCUCAUACAAAUUGCUGUGGUUCAUUGUCCUUUGUUGGAUUACGGUCUGAAAAGCUUGCCCCCCUUCAUGAGAGAGCCACAUGCCCUUUAGCACCUUGUGUUUUGCUUGACUCUGUAAUUAAUUAUCUUUGAAUUCCACCAAUUACGGCAUAUGUGCAAGGCAUGGUACAAACCACGUUAAGUUCUUGGACAAGCCCUUGAUUAUCCCUGCCAUAGCUGCUGCUCUAUCCAACCCUGUGCUUACACAAUCAAAUCAUUGUGAAAAAGAACGGAGAGUCAGUAAGUGAAGUAGUUAUUCUCUGUACCUGCAGAUUUCCUGAAAACCCAACAUUAGUUUAAUUUCAACUGAUGGAUAGACUUUUUUUUCCCCCAGAGUAGCUGGAAAAACACAACAAUCAGAGCACUUUAGUGUGAUUGCAUUCAAUUUCUCUCUCUACAAUAUGGCUGUGAUUUGAAGCUGAAAUCAUUGUGUCAUUAAAAUGCAGAAAGAUUUGAGUCCCAACAGCUGGUAAAAGCCUGAGGCAGCUCCUGAAACCCUGCUCGGCACAUGGCGAGAAGGAAAAUCUUAAUGCCAGUGUAGGUGGGUGGUACAGGUCUGAUGAUUUAAGAAACCUACUUACUAGAGACUGGCGGGUUAUAGGAAUGGUAUACUGGUAUGUCUUGAUUGACGAGAUGUGAGGGGCUGAUUGCUGUAUCUCUAGUCCGGCAGAGUCCUGUAUGGUCUGGUUACACGCUGGCACAUUUCACCAACCAGCAUUCUGGCAUCUUAGCAUCCUGGUAAGCUCUUGGAGGAUAACUUCUGGAUCAAUGAUCAAUGCACCGAAACAUAUCUGCCUCUGACAUCAUGGAUGAUCACGCAGUGUUAAUAGUGAGUCCUGGUCAGUGGGAAUAAGGGCCAAUCCCUUUGACAAGCGAAGGGUUAUCCCAAUUCACCAGCAAAAAGGCAAGCAGAGCAAAAACACAAAUGUGACAGGAGUAGGGAGUAUCAUUCACAGCUGUUCAAAAUGUAUGGUAGGGAAUAUUGUCGCUUGAUUGUGUGGAUGAGUACAAUGUAUGUGGAAAGUAAGGAGUAUGAUUUUUAUAGUAAUAACACUCAUGUUUUGAUCAGAUAUUCAAUCCUUUGCUACUGCAUGUAAAUAUUUGCCCUGUUUUGAAUUGUUUGCGUUUUAAAAUCUCUCAUUAUGAUGAGCUAGCUUACGAAGCUAUAGCUAAUGAUUGCUACAUUGAUUUCAGACUUGGGUGACAAAUUCACAGCAAACAGGCUUUACUACAACAUAAUGUUUACUGGUCUUGUCGCAUCAGCCCACGACACAGCCAGCGAACGGCAAGUAGCGAUGACGUAGCGGUAAUCGAGUUGCGUCUCGUUUCUUAGGAGCAUCUUUUCACCCCUCUGUUUUGAAGGUCAAGGAGAAAGGGUAGCGAAAGGAGUAAGACAAAGGAGAAGGGGCAAGAGUGAUAAUUGGGAUUGGCCCCAAGUGACUAGGGUGGAAUCUUUUGGGCGAACAUUCAGGAAUGGGUCUCGUGACCGGGGUUGUUCAUAGAUGUUGAGGUAGACAUUAUCCCCUGAGCUCAGCUGAUAAUCACAGAGCAAUCCCAUGCCUGUGUAAGUAUUUGUAAAUAACCCUCCAUAACAAGGUUUAGGAAAUUGGGUCUGUAAAGGAAAGCUCAUUUUCCCACCUCCAUCCACUUGUGCAAGAUCCUCAAAUGAAACAUUAAAUCUGAGCAACACGUGUCCUACUUCAAGCCUUUGAGAUGACAACCUGUUGACUUAGUUGCAAUUCUUGGACAUUUCUUUGGUUGUGAUGAUUCAGUCCAAUUUGUCCCACUUCCUUUCUUAAUGGAUGAUGAUCACAGAGGGACAAUGUUAGGAUAUUUAUGGACCCACCAUGGUGACCAGCCAUAGGAGGAUCUUCGUGGGUGUAGUGGCUCUAGGAUGGCGCUUUCAGGGUCUUGACUUUCUAUGACCUCUUAAGAGCCCAUUUGAGGAACAUCCAUCCAUUCAUUUUCUUUACCGCUCAUUCAUCUGAGGGUUGCUGGGUGAAAGGGUUUGCAAUUAAGGGUCACUGUUCUGACCCUGUAAACAGCCUCGGAAUGGGAGGAGAACCAUGGCCUUUUCAACCAGAACAUGACAGCAUACAAUAAUGACAACCUGCAUGGUAACAUGUUCCAUAUACAGGCGGAAUUAGACACUGCCUCUCAAUGCAUGCAAGGAUAAUGAGCAAAACUGUCGAGGCAAUUCAGGGAGCACACUAGGAAAAAGCACUAACCAAUUUAAAGCCAUUUUAUUUCCGACACAGACAGAAGGAAGUUAACAAAUGCAAAUUAAGAAAUAAUCAGAACUCAUUUUCCACAUUCAAGGAGGGUUGAUGCCGUUCACUGUACAUAUCUAACAUAAGCAUCAAAUGAACAGCUCAAACAUGAACCUUACUGUUUAACCGAGUAUGUAUAGAAACAAUUAUCUUUAAUCCUUUGUUUUCACUCCACCGGCUUCACUAAAGCAGUCAACAUAUAUUAAAGAUGGAUUAUCAGUCAGCCCUGUAAUUGACAGCCAGUGUGUGCCAGGUGGCUUAGGCUGGUUUUGGCAUUUCUACAAUCCCUCAAAGAAAGCCUUGAGCCUUGAGACCAACACUAAGCUCUUUACCUGCUCCCUCAGAUGAAUAUUCUCUCUAAUACACCACGAAACACACACACAAAUGCACCCAAGCGGAAAAACAUUCACAGGCUACUUUCCUUUGGGGUUUGAACACAUGAACUGUUAGAAAUGAGAGAAUCCAUCCAAGAUUUCAAUGAUGAACAGAUGCUGUCAGUGCGUCCACAGGCUUUAAUCAGUGAUGAUUUGUUCAAGCUGUCAAUCUUUGUUAAUAAAAUGACUCAUUAGGACAUUUUCUCUGGCUAUGACCACAAUCCACGCUUUGAUUCAUCUUAUAUGGUGAUUAGUCUGUACUCUGAGCACAUAAUGUCCUACCUGUCAAUGACAAGCUAUGAAUACUGGUUACACAUACGCUUCAGUGUAUUAAUAGUCAGACAUGCUGUGGGUUUAGUCUAAAAAGAAGCCUAUGGGGCUCAUCUCUGUCUCUACUUGUUGGAUUCAAUGAGUACAGGGUUGGGUUCUGUGCUAAGCAUCAUUAUUGUAAAAUUGCAUCACCCUGUGAUAUGAUGCAAAAAUAUGAUGCAAUUAAAAGUAUGGGAUACAUGACUUAAUGGUGCAAAGGCCUCUGUUUAUAUUUCUUUUUGAGCGUGGAGAUUAUUUAAUUGAGUGCUUCACUUGACAGCUCACAACUGGUACUGUCCAUCCCUCAGCCGUUACAAUCACUGCGUUAUUUGAACGACCUCUCACCUUCUAAACUUGGUGUUAAAUGAGAAAUUGAACUUCCAUGCUUUUAAUGUGACUUGAACCCUGCAGCUGUUCUUCUUCAUAUGUUAACCUGCUUUUACAUUUCAGUCAAUUUCAACCCUUGACCCUGCAUUGCUCUUCUAUCUCUAUCGAUCGCCUGGUGCACUGUUAUUAAUCAGAUAAGCCUCAGGGGUUUUACAGACUUCAUUUCACAACUUGGUGUGUUACAUUAGCGGAUAACCUUUGUGACACUUCCUGAUCUUUGCUCAGAAAACACGUUCAAGGAUUAUCCAGUUUCUUUUUUAAUUAACAAUGUUUACGCCAUCAGGACCGGGCGACACUGCCAAAAAAGUUAUCCCGAUGACUUUAUUUUAAUAUCAGUAGAUAAAAGAUAAUAUCAAGACACAUUUAAAAUCCAAACUUCCUUUACAUAAAAAGGUGAUUUCUGCUGUACCAGAUAUCUGGGGUAAAGAACCCCAAUAAGCUUUUGUAAAGUGCUGCAAGGAAGCAAUGAAACAUGCACCUGCAUUUUUUUUGUCCUUGUCUUUUAUGUCCUUUUAUUUAUUUUUUUGUUUUGUGUGGUGUUGGGAAUAAUUUUAGUCAGGAUUUCUCAUCUUUUCUGUAUUUCCAUCCGAGUUUAAAUUACCUAAAUAUGUCCUAAAAACUGAAGCUGAGCGGCCUUUCUUGUGAACUUCCCUUAUAGAUAAACUUUAUUUCAUAUAUUACCCAUUAUUAAACAUUAUCAUCGUGUUCUACAUGGUUUAAUCUAAUUCAGUCAAUCCAAGAGAUGGUGUUUCGGUUACUCAGAAGACAAGGCUGCUCUUGAACACUUUUCUUGAUUCUGAAGUUCAUAUUUUCUCCAGAUCAAACCGUCCUAUAUCAUCCGACCUGAUGCCUAACUCUGGGAGAUGCCUCUAUUCAUCGAACAGUGCUGUGUCCCAGACAAGUCGUGUUUCUCUCUGUGGUUUAAUUCUAUCCACAUAUUUCUAAGUGAAGUUGAUGCUGUGCUUAAACAAGAUGUUUCUUAUGCCUGUGAAAUCAUUAGCACAUCAUUUAUGUACAUCAUGGCACCAUUUCCAAGCACCUAAUUAACAAGUUCUCCACAUGCCGAUGUGUUUUAAAAGAGCACCCUGAUUAUGAAUUGAUGAAAAAGUGAUAUAAAAAGAGAUGACACUCACAAAUCUCAGUUAACGAGACACAGAGUGGGGGCUGAGCAGCGGUUUAAGAGAGUGGGUGUUUUAAGGGCAACUAAACACUUGAGGCCACUAAAUGAUGGCCACGCAUUACAAAAUGUUCAUGCCCACGGUAUUUAGAGAAGUUCAAGUUCACCAUCUGUGGUUUAUCACCAAGUAUUUGACUUUGAGAUAUUAUGCCAAGGUUUUAUGCAACUACUUGUUUGAAAAAUUAAACAUCCUGGUUUUGUAGCAUAUGCAGUUGAAUACAGUGCGAAAAGGAAUGUCCUAGUGUUACUGGAAUUGGGGUUUGUAUUGCCGAGAGGCUGAAUCUCUCUCUUAAGUGGAGACUGGGAGAGACUCAGCACUCUGUGAGAGACUGCAUGAGAAGAAUUCAAGAUUAUGUUGCAAAGGUCUUGGAGUUUCACAUACUAUAGUACAUAAUAUCACUGAACAAAUCUGAGAAAUUUAAAAGGAGGGUAUCACACUUUUCCAAAUUUACUACAAAAACUGAAAAGUUACAAAGUUUGGUGUCCAUACUACAAGUGCGCAAAGUUUCAAAUCACAAGGUAAACGUAAUUUGUAAUAAUCUGAUAAAGCAGAUGUAAACUGUCCGACAUAACAAUUAUAGACUCUCCUUACUGGCUAAUGUGCUUCUGGCAAAGCAAAACGGCCUGACUCCAACAUAGUGGAGUGGGUUCGCAAUUAAGUUAACCAUAGACAUUAGGGUUGCCCUGAUCUAGGGCUGCAACUAACGAUUAUUUUGAUAAUCGAUUAAUCUGUCGACUAUUUUAAUAACUAAUCAAUUAAUCGGAUAAACAGGCUAAAUUAAUCAAUGCAGCUGUUAAUAGCAAUAGCAUAGGGCUUUAGUUUAUCAUGUGAGUUUAUCUGCCAUGAGGUGUUGAGGUCUCUGCAUGUGUAGGUUACUGACUUACUGUAAUCAUCGGGUCUUUCUCGUCCUUAUAAAAACCUGCUCUAUUUCGGCGAGUGUCUGUCUUCUUCUGUAGUCAAACCGCAAGAUAUCAAAAUCUACCCGGAUACAGCAAUGCUGCUUUUUGACUGGCUGUUCAGUAGAUAUACUUUAUUUGAUUGGCUUGCGUGUGGCACGCAGCUUCUGAACUCUCGGAGAAACUCAGUUGAUUUCCCCCUGUUCCACAGUUAAAGAAGUGCAACUUGGUGGACAUCACCGUGUUCAUUUAAAUGCGUGAGAAAUACAAUGUGUGGUGUGUGAGCGUGUGAACGAGUGGGAAUGCGUGUCAUACGCUGAAUGCGUGAGACUUGAGAGCCCUGUGCUCACGCAUCAUCGAUGUACUCCCGUGCCAUGCAAAACGGGCUUUGCAAAUGUUGCACUGAACGCCUUCCUUUUCAGUUUUGGUAAAGUUUUCCCACACCAUCGGUUGUGUCCAUGUUUUUCUCAGCCGCUGCCUCGGCCAUGGCUGUUUCUUUUCUGUGCGUCCUGCUGAUGUUUACACGCCGGUGUCCAUGGACAUAUAUAAAGACCCGACGAAUCGGUUACAGAAUUAGUUGGCAACGGAUUUUUUCGUCACGACGAAUCGACUUAAUCGAUUCAUUGUUGCAGCCUUACCCUGAUCUGAUAUUGAUACUGGAUAUUGGCCUGCAUCUAAAAUCUCCAACGUCAGCACUCUGAUACAAGCAGUCUAUUCCAGACUCUGCUCCAGCACCUCUAUCUAGCAGCGCCAAGAUCCAGCAUGCAGAGCCCACAUAAUCACAACCUUAGUGAGUACUAAAGUACUAACAAAGUUGCAAGGAGUAGUAGUGAUGUUGGCCGUGUGGCAGUAUUUUUCAUUUAAGUCCGAAAAAGAUGUUGCAGCUGGGUGCAAAAUUUGCCAUGCACAAGUUUGCGCCAAUAUUGGAUUAAUAUCGGUAUCAACCAGUACUGAAGGCAACAAUAUUGGUAUUGCAUCAGAAGUAAUAACAUUGUAUCGGGACACCCCUUAUAGAUAUAAUAAACAUAUAUGCCUACAUUUAUGACGUCUAUGGGGGUAAUGCCAAUCUGCUGAUCGACCAGCUCUCUGGAAAGCGUGCAGAAAUAACUGAAAUACUGAUAUUUUAAUACAUCACUUCAAGAAAUCUGAGCCUUUAUUUAAACCCGAAAAUCACGUUAAGCUGUGUAAGAAUUAUCAAAAGGGAAAUAUAGAGUCUGAAAAAAAUGCAUGAUACUCCCCUUUAAGAACCUUAGGAUAGAUAGGAGACUCAUUUCACUUGGACUAUAUCGCACUAGUUCAUGUUUCAGUUCUUCAGAGCAUGAAUGCAGAAAACCUUUCCUCUAUUUCCUUGUAUUGUUGUGUUGCUUUCCAGUGUAACAAUAGGUCCACCUGAAAGUUCUGUCCUCAACUUUACGUACAGUCCUUGUGGCCAAGAAGCACUGAGUCACGAUGUUCUCAGGUUUUUCUCAGCCAAGGCAGAGGGAACAAGUUUGAAUGCAUGUGCAGCUACUUCAGGAAAAGUAUUAGUGAUAAGAGAAAUGAUGUCUAUAAGGAACAUCAGACAUCAUGUCCUGGAAGCAGACAAAGACAUGUUAUGACAAAGAGUGGUAUAAGCAACAGGACUGACACCAUACAAGAGAAAUCCAUUCUAGGCUUGUUUGUCUGUGCCCCUCUAUGUACUGUGUAAUCGUCGGUACACACAACGCAGACAACAAAACAAAGAAGUACAAGCGAUUCAGAGUCAAGGGAAAUUAUCGACAAGUCAAUCAAAGACAGGAGCAUACACCAGAUAUAUAAAGCUAUCGCUCAUGCAGGGCUAAGAAAAAGUGUCUUUAAGACUCAGACGAGGGACAGAAAGAGACGCACUUGACUCACAAACAAGAGCCGUCUGUGUUGACGCUGUCAUGACGCUGUGUCAGAGUGAAAAGGGAAAUGUUUUUCUAGGCUCUUGUUUGUGAAUGUGGGACGGAUUCAUUCAUUCUUGGAAGUCAGAAAAGUCACAAUCUGUCUGGGAUGUGAAUAUAGGAUGGAUUUAGUCUGUUUACCAGAGUAGUUUCUAACUUCUUCAUCUCCAUCCGAACCAGCCAUGCCUUCACCAUCACAUGAAAACAGAUCCCGUUUGGUGCUCGACUCAGAGCUCACUGGUCCUGUUUACAAGACAGUAGCUCAGCCUUUGUGAGCUGGUUAUUGUUUAGUGAUGAAUCAUCAGGUUGUCAGCAGGAGGGACAGCAGGAGGAGCCCAGACCCUUAAUGUUCCCUGAUAUAAUGUACAUUACGUAGAAGAAAGACUCCCUUCUCUCUAUAAGUGCACACACCAUGUCCAUUACAGCUUUAUUCAGAUAUAACUGAUAAAGAGGCAGAGACUCAGUGAGAUGUAAUAGAGGAGACCGCUUGGACGAUGCAUCUGCUGUUUCCUUUCAUCUACAUGGCGCGUCAUUAACAACGGGCGAAUGAAUGCAUCUCAGUCCAUUGUGUCAAAAGCUUGUUUUUGUCACAUGAACUUCAAAUACAAAAGCUUUUAGACUGUGAAGAGCGGGAACAUCACAAAAUUAGCUUUGGUGCAGUAUUAUUGAACAGGUUUUGAUGUAAUCUUGGGGAGCAAAUCCUCAGAUUCGAGAUGUCAUGCUGGGUAGUUUUUUAUUUGCCUUAAAAAACAGCCAGAUGGUCAGGACUCGAGGGUAGAAUUAUUACACUGAUAUUCUGAAUGUGUGACUGCAGAUGUGAAUGGUUUUUGUGCUCUAGGUUGAAAUUAUUCAAAGCGGAUUGUCCCCUACAGUAUCUUCUGCCAUUACUGUAUCAACGUGAUAUGAACAGAUGAAUGUAAGGAGUGAUGUAGAAGUGCUUUGAGCCAGAGGGACACUAAAAGCUCUUCGUAAGUGUCUUGUAAAGGUUCAACAGUUCUGUCAUAAAAAUGCUGAAAAGCCAUAUAACACUCUCUUUAUCUUUUCUUUUUCUUCAACAGGCUGGCCCUUCUCCAACACAGUGUGCAAGAUGAGCGGCUUUGUUCAAGGAGUAUCUGUUUCCGCAUCAGUAUUCACUCUGGUGGCGAUCGCUGUUGAAAGGUUAGUUAUUUAAAGGUUUGGAAGUCCAGUCACAUCUACAUCAGCUGUUCAUGUGGCAUUUUUCUACUGCUAGAUGACAUAUAAGGGAAAACUAAGAGCGAAAUUGCAUUUUUGCAUUCAAAUCACGGUGAACCUCUGGCAGACCCAAACAGAAACAGCAGGUUCAGACCAUAGACUGUAUUUAGUAUGGAAAAGGUGUCUCUGCCUCCCGCCAGUAUAUGAAUUUUUCCUGACACCGGCAUUUGCACGGUAGCAUUCGGUGGGAGAGUCGCUGUGAUGACGCUCUGCUUAAAUAGCGUAUCCCCAGGAUAAUCUACCCAAUUUUCGUACUCCCAUAGGCUGUAUCAGGUGUCAAUCAAAGAAAACGUGAACCCCUAAACUUUUAAAAAUGGAGCUGCACAGAAAAAAAAAGAGGACAAACCAGUCUUACAACAAAUAAUUAAGUUUGUCAACAGCUCCUUUAAGUUUUCUGGAGGAGGCGGGGUUUAUGAGCGAUACUGCAGCCCGUCACCAGAGGGUGCUGUUCUUGCUGGGGCUUUAUCUAGCAAGAAGGCAGAUGAGAUCCAUACAAUAAACAGUCUAUGAUUCAGAGACAGUAGGAUUUUAUAUGGCACAAGUCCAUGCUCCACCCCAAGUGCCCCAUUCUGCAGGCCAGACCCUGAGAAAUAGAGAGGACGAUCGCGGAACAAGCGUGUGCAGUAGCAGAUUGCAAACUUCGAAAGAAAGAUAAUUGUGAUAUUAGCUUUUAUCAUGUCCCUUAAAACAUGAGUGUUUGAGAGUUGAAUAGCUCCUUCGUUACCUGCCACUUCUACUACACCUGAAAUGUUAGGCUACAAGCUAGCAUGAAGAGGAGUGUGCAGAGCAGCGCUGUCUCCGCCCAAGACUUAGAGGUUGAUUACUAAUGAGCUAUCGUAGCUCUGCAGAAGAAAAGCCCCUGAAAAUGACACAGGGAACGUGAUUUUGGUUUAAACUUCAGCUCUAUCAGCCCAUUGCCUGCAGCACAUGGGAAUAUAAAUUUCUCUUACUGACACCAUCGGUGUGUUCACACAUUUCAUCUAGUGUGAUUCCAUCUACACAAGAAUCCAUUCUUCGAUAGCUGUAAAUACACAGAUAAAACUGACCUUUUCAGGAGCAGAUGAGGUCCUUUCUGAAGUGCUGCAAAUGUCUCUUUACAGCGUUCAGUUCUGGGUAAUUGCCUAGAGGACACAUUCUAUCUCUAUUCAUAUACAACAAAUAACUGACAGGAGGACUGAAGGUUUAUUCAUAAAGUCAUAUAGUUGGACAAAUUCAAACUCUGACCCCUGGAUAAGAGAAAAAGGAAAACACACAAUAAAAUACAUGGUCAGGGCGACCUAAUAUCUCUAGCUAUAUCUCUGGUAGAUAGAAAGUGAACACUGCUUAUUAUCAAGAAAAUUUACAGUGAUUUAUAUUAGGUAUUUGAAACGAUUAAAAUAAUGCAAACCAUGAUUUUAUGUUGUUUAUGUGCAAUCAAUUUCAAAAUUCAUGGAUUUUUUGUUGUCUGUCGUAAAUGUUACUCUGGCAACACGGGGGGCGACAGAUACGCUUACCUUAUGCAAACGAACGAUGCCGAUUACAACUAUUCAAAACAGGGACAAGAAAAUUCUCCAGAGUAACUUCACAGAGUAAAAGAGGUGGUCUUCAUGCAACAUUGUUGAGUAGUACUGGCAGAAUCGGUCAAGAUUCACAUUUUUGAAAUCUCUCAAUACACAGCUCAAUACAAAACUGUGAACCUCAUGCAACACAAUAACUGACCUUGUUCAACAAGUGAAUCGAUUUUCUUUUCUGAAAGAUCAAAAAAAUGUCCAAUACAGUACAUUCCCAUGUUGCUUGAAGAAUUGAUCUAUGGCUUUAACACGACUGAAACAGGACUUUUAAAACAUGUGUAGACAAAACAGUUUGACUGAAACUAAACUACAUUGAAUUUCUCGUGGCUGGCUUUCCUCUUCGGUCGAACAGCAUUACUGUGUCGUGACUUUACCUUUCUGUCUUCUCUUCUGGGUCUCUUUUAUUGCACCACUUCCUCUCAUCUACUUCCCACAACAAUAAGUGAUUGGCGACAUGUCGACUAACCGUGUAGCUCCACAUGCCACUUAUCAGUCUCAGCGGUUGGUAAAUGUUAGACUGAGGAGAGCUGAUUUCUUGAUCUUUUCUAAAUCUUUAAUUCAAAUGAUGAUUAAUUGUCAGUCUUCAGUUGUUCUAGGGAUGUUGAACAAAUGUUUUUGUUGUGUCAGGUGGUUACAACGCUUCUCUUUACUCAAUCUAUUUCAGGUUUCGCUGCAUAGUUUUCCCUCUACGACCCAAGCCAACAGUACCUGUCGCCAAGGCCGCCAUCUUGUUAGUCUGGGUGCUGGCUGUGGUGAUCAUGUGUCCUGCUGCCGUGGCACUGACUGUGGAGGUAGUUCCUUUCCACUACAUGGUGUACAGCAAUGACUUCAACCACACGUUACCCCUCUAUACCUGCUACGAAGACUUCUCCAACCCCAAGAUGAGGAAGGUCUACACUGCUGUUUUAUUUGUGCACAUCUACCUGGUGCCCCUCACCGUCAUCACGCUGAUGUACGGCAGCAUCGGGGUCAAACUGUGCACCUCUGUGGUUGCGAACAGGGAACCCCAGCUGGCCAACGCCCCAGACCAGGUUGGGGGUAGAAGACGUGGUCAACCGAUGAUAUCCCAGAAAAAAAUCAGGGUGAUAAAGAUGCUUAUCCUUGUGGCUUUGUUGUUCAUGCUGUCCUGGUUACCGCUCUGGACUCUAAUGAUGAUGGCAGACUACGCAGGUUUGGACAGAGACCAGCUGGACCUUCUUACAAGCUACAUUUUCCCCUUUGCCCACUGGCUGGCUUUUGCCAACUCCAGCAUCAACCCUAUCAUCUACGGCUACUACAACGAGAACUCUAAGAGAGGUUUCCAGGCUGUGUGCAAGUCACGGCCCUUCUGCAGCUUCUUUCAGUGUCCGUUAUGGAGGUGGCUGGCCAAGUGGGGCAGGAAAGACAAGGCUGUGCAGGCGCCCCGUGGAGGUACUGACUUCAGAGAUGGAAAUAGCAAUCACAGCCACCUCGUCUUGGGGAUCAGAAAUCGAGUUCAUAACGACAGCAAGCUGAGUGACACGGGAAACGAGAACAGAAGCGGCCGCAUGGGAUGUGUGGUGGUCCAUUCAGAGAGAAGUCUCUUAGAACAAGGUUUAGAGAUGGCACAUAUGAGUAAAAAGAGCAGUCAUGGUGAAGAGUCGGACAGGGCUAGUUCAGGAGCGGUUUAUCAUGCAUGGGAAAACUGAGCUUUCACAGUAUGACCUUAAAUUGAGCUAAACGAAGCCAUAGUGUGAAGAAGAAGCCACUGAAUGAUUCUCUGACUUUGGGGACAAAGAGGUGACUGAUUG